AUGUCUACGAUUCAACAGCUCAAGAACUUCAUUCGCCAUGGCAAACAAGCACGCACUACUUUCCCCGAAGAAACGCGCAAGAAUGAGGCCCCUCAAUCUAUACCACAGCCGCCCCCAGAGAAAUCUGUUCCAACAGGUCCUGUGUAUGGCAACCCUGCCGGACACCAGGAGCCCCUCGCAGCAUACUCGGAAGCACCCGGCGAUCAGCAGAACCGCGCGGCGCAGGCUGGCCAUGCCGCAGCUCACCAUGCCGAGCCUGCUCAAGUCAAUGGUACCAAGGGCAUAAGAGUUGACGAGGCAAACCUGGCCCAAAUCAUCGCCGAGGAGAAUGCAAGCAAGAGCAAAUUCCCCAAGUAUCCUGACCUGGAACGCUGGGAGCUUCUCGAAAAGAUGGGCGAUGGUGCCUUUAGCAACGUCUACCGUGCACGCGAUUUGCAUGGAGAACAUGGCGAGGUAGCCAUCAAAGUCGUACGCAAGUACGAGAUGAACCGUAUGCAACGUUCGAAUAUCCUCAAAGAGGUUCAGAUCAUGCGCCAGCUCGAUCACCCCAACAUUGUCAAACUCAUCGAAUUUUCCGAGUCCAAGCAAUACUACUACAUCGUCCUGGAGCUGGCCCCUGGUGGCGAGCUGUUCCACCAAAUCGUACGACUGACCUACUUCAGCGAAGAGCUGUCUCGCCAUGUCAUCGUCCGCGUCGCCAGAGCGCUCGAGUACCUUCACGAGGAGAAGGGCGUCGUCCACCGUGACAUCAAGCCCGAGAAUAUCCUCUUCAACCCGAUCCCAUUCAUUCCAUCCAAGCACCCGAAGCCCAAGCAGCCAGGAGAUGAGGACAAGGUCGACGAGGGCGAGUUCAUCCCCGGCCUGGGAGCCGGAGGCAUCGGCGAGAUCAAGAUUGCCGACUUCGGUCUCUCCAAGAUUGUUUGGGAAGCACAGACCAUGACUCCCUGUGGUACUGUUGGCUAUACUGCUCCCGAGAUCGUCAAGGAUGAGAGAUACUCAAAGUCGGUUGACAUGUGGGCGCUGGGCUGCGUUCUCUACACUCUGCUCUGCGGAUUCCCGCCCUUCUACGAUGAGAGCAUAGAAGUGCUCACCGAAAAGGUUGCCAAGGGCCAGUACACCUUCCUGUCGCCGUGGUGGGACGAUAUCUCCUCGUCUGCCAAGGACCUCAUCAGCCAUCUUUUGACGGUAGACCCCGACAAGCGCUACACCAUCAGAGAGUUCCUUGCCCACCCAUGGAUCCAGGAGGUUGGACCGACUCCCCGAGACGAAAAGGCUCCCGGAAUGGUGCCGCUUAAGCAAUUCAACGCUGCUCACUUCGAAGAGUCCGGCAAGCGAUACGACUUCCGAUCUCCCGCAGCCGUCAACCUUCGCGAGGUGUUUGAUGUCAGCUAUGCCGUCCAUCGCCAGGAGGAGGAGGCCAAGAGAAGAGCGCAGGUCGGUGCACGGGCUGGAGGUGCUGGACGCCCCCUUGGAGGCCUCAAUGAAGAAGAGGAAGAGGAAGAAGAAGAGGAUAGCGAUGAUCACAUGGAUGUCGACAAGGAUGAUGCCAACAACAAGACUCAGGCCCUGGAGCAGAGAAUGCAAAGAGCCAACAUCCAGGAUGACACCACCCAUACCCGUGGCCGCGAGCGGGAACGAGCUGGCGAGAAAGGCUAUGGACAACAUUCGGCAGCCGUGGCCGCUGCCGCGCGACAACAAGUGCGGGAGAGACAACGCCAGAAGGGCGCGUUUGAGCUCAACCUCGACAACGCAACGCUUCUGGGGAAGCGAGGCAAGAAGGUUCCCGUCAUGGGAGCAUAG